CAGUGGCUGCUGGGAGUCGUGUGACCGCGCGCCCGACGGGUCAUGUAGUGUCAAUGUGUCAGUGAGCAGUGUUGACAUCCUUCAUCAUGAGGACUUUCUUCUUCUGCUGGGUCAUCGUUUCUUCGAUGCAAGUGGCCCGGUGCCUGAGAAACGUAAGUCUACUGGUGAUGCCACCUGCCGUGCAGAAGGGACAACAUGCGGCCCUACUGUGCCUGUACGACCUGGAGGAGGCUCCCCUGUACUCUGUCAAGUGGUACCGAGGUAACCACGAGUUCUACCGGUACUCUCCCACCGAUACUCCGCCUAACAAGAUAUUUCCGUUUGACGGUAUUCAUGUCGAUCUGUCAAUGUCAAACGCGACCCAAGUGAUGCUGCAGAAUGUACAGUUCAAGCUGAGUGGCAACAUCAGUUGUGAAGUGAGCGCGGACUCUCCCUCCUUCUCCACCGCCAUCGUCUCCAGGCAUCUCAUGGUCGUGGAUUUACCAGAUAGCGGACCUGAGAUCCACACAGAGAAGGAAAGGUACGAGCCUGGAGACGUCCUCAACGCCAACUGUACCUCACCGCCCUCAAAACCUCCUGCUUUUCUCAGCUUUCUCCUCAACAACCAGCCGGUUGGUAGGCCUGAGACCCAGAAGAUUCCAGGACCAGACCUGUUGCAGUCCAGUUCUCUGACUUUGACAGUUCAGUUGCUACCUUCUCACUUCAACAAUGGCCAGCUGAUUCUCAAGUGUACGGCCAUCGUCGCCACUCUCUACCGUGAGUCCACCGAGAUCCAUCUUGGCGUCUCACCCCGGGAACCCAUCCCGGAGAGAGUGACAUCUCCUAACGUGGCCUCACACACGUCUACAGCUACAGCUACGGUGCACCUAGUGUUGCUCCUGAUUGCUUUGUACAGUGGAAGAUAGUACCUCAGCCUAUUGACAGCUUAGAGACACCGCCCUGGUACUUCGCGGCAGCACUGACCGUCGAUAAGCAAAACACAUGCAGUUUGGAAAAUUUUGUUAUUUGUUAGAACGUUUUUUUAAUACACUUUUUCUAAUUAAUUUAAUCUAUCAAGUAAAAUAUUUCAUCUUAUGGCAUUGUUUUGUUAAUCUUAUUUUAUUCUUAUUUGGUUGUAAUUGUUAAUGUUACCCUGAAUAUAUAUUAUAUAAUUGUGUUGUUACUUAUUUAUAUAUAAGUACCAAAUACAAAUGGUAUACUAGUUUACUUGGUACACAUAAUUUCCAAAUACUGCCACAUACAAGACAUCUUACAAGUUACCGAUUCAUUCUACCUUACAGCUCUCUGAGUUGUACUGAGGCGUAACCUACGCUACAAUCACGUGGUGCGUAGUUGCCUUUACAGACGUUCUAUGGUGUUUGUCAUAGAUUACUGUGUUAGAGAUAUUUUUGAAUGAUGUGUGUAUAGUGUUAAGUGAUACAUUAUUGACGUUUUCGUUACAGACCGAUAACCUGGCGGUGUGAUAAACUAAGAGGACAGACGUUUUGUAAAUAUGCAGAGUGUGGUAUUUAUUGUUACGUUAAGUAUUAAGGUGCUCAAAACCAAAUAUAUAUUCUGUUGUAUUUGGUACGUUACUACAAACUGGUUUUGUUCAAGUUUGUAAUUAGUUUUACACGUAUAUUUUUCACGUUUGCUUUUUACUGUCAUUAAACGAGUAAUAAUAACAAGAUGUAAGAAUAAAUAAUGAACUGUAAAACAGGGUAAUGUUGUGAAAAAUGUAAUUCGUUAUGAUAAUUCAGUAGCGUUUUGUUAUUUUUGUAUUGACUGCAAUCUAUAUUACAAUCCUGUUUUUUUUCUCGUAGUUUACCAAUAUAAAUCACAUAACCUCAACAAUGGAACUUUGAGUUCCUGUCACUAGUUAUUUUGUAAAAUAGAAAAGCAGCUGGCUUAGUUAGAACGAUCAUAGACUGGGUGAUCCUUGUACCCUGCGCUUGUGAGUAGAUCUAGACAUAAACAGCUAAACGUUACAAACAUUGAUAAAGUUUACCGUUACGUUACAGCUGCAAAACUGUGGUACUCAAGAACGACUUCAACGUAUGGCAAAGUGGUGUACAAACAAAACAUUUAACUCUUUAUUGCAUAGUUUUAAUGCAUAUUGAUACAGUUUUGUAAUAAAGUAUAAUUAGUUACAUAAAGACGUAAAUAUAUUAUAAUCACAUGUUUAUGAUAGGUUAAUGUUUAAUUUUAAUGUUAUUAUUGAAAAUUGUACGUAAAAUGUUUCUCAAUAA